CGGGAGCUGUGAUCCCGCCGGGAUCCGCCGCGCCGGCCAUGGAUCCCUCGCCCAAGGACGGCGAGAGCGCGGCGGCCGUGGAGCCCAGCCGGGGCGCGGCCCCUUCCAGCGGGGUGGUGGUGCAGGUCCGGGAGAAGAAGGGCCCCCUGCGCGCCGCCAUCCCCUACAUGCCGUUCCCCGUGGCUGUCAUCUGCCUCUUCCUCAACACCUUCGUGCCGGGGCUGGGAACGUUUGUAUCCGCUUUCACCGUGCUGUGCGGAGCCCGGACUGACCUCCCUGACAGGCACAUGUGUUGUGUCUUCUGGCUGAACAUUGCUGCUGCUCUGAUUCAGAUCCUGACAGCGAUCGUGAUGGUUGGCUGGAUUAUGAGUAUAUUUUGGGGCAUGGACAUGGUCAUUCUUGCAAUGCUAAUUCUCAGCCAUGGAAAGGGGGAGCCUGCUCUGAAGAUAAUGUCAUACUGUCUUUAAUGAGGGGAAAAGGAGAAGAGUUAUAGGCCGACAGGUAUACUUCAAUUCCUGGAAGAAGUAAUCAAGUAAGUGACUUACAUGCAUUUAGAAAAUAUAAAACAUCCCCACAAAGUCAACCUGGAUUUGUCCAGAGCAAGCUGUGUGAGACUGAUUCCCUUUUGUGGUAGAGAGAUUCAUUCUGUGUGUGAUGGCAGCACUCAGCCAUCCCUUCCAACCUUUGUGUGCUGACGCCGUCUCACACAGCAUUCCUACCAGCAAGCCACGGAGACAUGACUUGAGUGAAAAUGCACUUGGGAACUCGACUCUAAAUGGAUUUUCCUGAACUAGAAAGGUAUAAAGAGAGAUGUGUUGAAAGGUCCCUGCUGAAUCCAGCUCUGCUCAUUAUUUUAGUUGGUGGUUUGAUGAUGGACCAGAGAAGGGGGUCACCAGCCCUGCACCAGCAGUGGCUGCGAGGAUGGUUGGCACAGCAUGGGCAAUGUCCAGAUUCAGGCAAAUUGAAGAAAUGUUCUGAAAACAGUAAGUGCUACUCAGUAGAGACAAGCCCAGGGCUCUACAGAAGAAUUAAUUGACUCCAUAAAUACAGGGAACUACUUGUUUUUCAGCAAAGGAUGUGGUGGCUGCAGGGAGUCACAAGUGGCACAGGAUUACAUUGCUGUGGAGGGAACAAACACCGCCCAGGCAGGUAGGAGCAGAGCCUGUGGGGAAUUAACUGAUCCCCUCACCUUUCUCUGCACAUGUAAAGCUGCUGUGAGGCUUCUGGCCAGCUUUGGAGUCUGUACUUCCUGUGGGAAACCUGGAGAGAUUACACAGGAGUGUAAGACAGCAGGCAUGUGGAUGAUGAUGUUCAGCAGGCUAGUAAAUGUGAGAGGGCAGCAGUUCAGCCUAGGACAGACUUAAAUAACAGCAGGAAAGAUCUGUGUGGAAAUUAGGAGACAUUUUCACUCCAGUAAGGUCAAAAUGCUGCAGAGGUGGGAUGGCAGGAUCUGCCCUCUCUGUUCCUAGAAGACUCCAAGAGUGAGUAGACUGACUUCUGUCAGGAGCAAGGUGGGACACGGAAACAGAACAAGUGACCACCGAGGGUCCCAUCCAGCCCUUUAGCAGAAUAAUAUCCCAGAAGGAAGAUUAAUUGAAUACAGUUUUGCUGGCACACUUAAUUACUUUUGGCAGUGCCAUGUCAUGGGGCAUUUUCUCUGCUAAUCUAAAUUAAUUGCCAGCUGUCCCCAUUUGACGCCACAGAUAUCUUCUUUGGACAGCCAUAUGGCUUUGGGACCUGUCCUUCUCUCUACCACUGUCUGAAGGCAAAGGUACAUUAAUAGGAAGAACUUAAUUAUUGUGCAAAAAAAAAAAUUUAUCUGGACUCUCCCCUGGCUGCUGCUGCAUCACUGUCUCAGUGAUGGCUGGACAGUGCUGCCGCACUAUACUGUCUUCAAACCCCUCAUCAUGUCUGCAGGGAUGAGGCACAGAGCUGAGGCAAAACAGCUAAUUAGCUGUCCAAGGCCAAUUGGAAAACAAGCCUCCUAAGGCUUUCUGGGCAAAGUUCACUCUGCUGUAGGCACACCUUCUCCCCAGCCCACGCAGCACACAUCUUCAUCAGCCACACUGUGCAGAAUGACCACAGUGGAAUGGCCUUUCCAGGAACUCCCUAGCUGCUCAGAGCCCAUUAUAAAAGGUUGUGUACCAUUUCUUGACAGAAGCGCCAGAGAAAUAAUACAGUAACGUCACACUGAGGUGGCACAGGGGACACAAGUCAGGGACUGUUUGUCCAGGCAUUGUUUCGCCUCUAGUGAACUCAGCCAAGAAGUCAGGCCUGCUUUCUGAAGGAAGCCCUCUAAAGCUCAGCCUUUGGCCUCUCAAUGAAUGACUAUCUCUGAAUGCUUGGCUGCGUCAUUGCUCAUGGUUUCACUUCGGCUGACUGCCAGCCAGCAAUGAGAACUUACCUGUAAUCAUGCUGUCCACUUGUCACUCCUUUGCUAAUUACAGUGCUCAGACCCUGCCAGAGGCAGCAGCAGAUGAUUGCACAAUUACUGUACUCCUGGGCUCUGAGGGACUUGGGAAAGCAUCACUGAGUCCCUCUGCUCUUCAGGGCCCCUGCUAGGGCACAUAACACAGCUGCCUUAGGAAGGGAAGGGGAACAGAAGGCACUUAAGAGACUUGGAGGAUAACAGCUGGAAGAGACAAGGAAAUGAUGAAAGAAAUUCUGAGCAAAAAUUGCGAGCUUAGACCUAUUAU